CCUUCUCUCUCAGAACAAGGUGAGGCUCCGCCUCCACCACCUCCUUCUUAAACCCUUCUCUCUCUUGUACAAAACUUUCAACUGAAAUUAAAUUAUCCUUUUUAUUAAUUUUCUUAGAUUUGUUUUCAUUUUUUUAGCUUAAAUAAUUUAGAAGAAGAAGAAGAAGGUUAAGGACUUUCUAUGGCUUCCACAAAGAAACUAGCGGAUCGGAUAAAGGGUCCGUGGAGCCCCGAAGAAGACGAAGCGUUACAGAAACUGGUGAAGAACUAUGGCCCCAGAAACUGGUCUCUGAUCAGCAAAUCGAUACCUGGUCGAUCUGGCAAGUCUUGCCGUCUACGGUGGUGCAACCAGCUCUCACCGGAGGUGGAGCACCGCCCUUUCAGUCCUGAUGAGGACGAUACUAUAAUCCGGGCCCACGCCCGGUUCGGGAACAAGUGGGCCACCAUCGCUCGCUUGCUCAAUGGUCGCACCGAUAACGCUAUAAAGAACCACUGGAACUCCACGCUCAAGCGCAAAUGCUCAUCCAUGUCCGAAGAUUUGACCCCGGACGUCCAUUCCCAUCCGGCUCACAAACGAUCCGCCAGUGUCGGUGCGGUUACGGCUGUUUCGGGUCUUUAUUUGAACCCGGGUAGCCCGUCCGGAUCAGAUAUGAGCGAUUCUAGUCUGCCCGGUAUUGUGUCGCCGACUCAAGUUUUCAGGCCUCUUGUGAGAACCGGACCCCUCAUUGCUCCGCCGAUGGAGGCCUCGUCUUCGGCUGUCGAUCCACCGACCUCGCUCAGCCUCUCGCUGCCCGGAUCUGACUCGAGUGACGGGUCGAAUCACUUGGCGUCCGGGUUCGGAUCCAACCCGGGGGUGAGCCCGACCUCGAUGGUACAACAACCGCAAGAGGCAGCAGCCGCCGUGGCGGGAGCCCAGCUGCCACGUCAGAGCAACCAAAACAGUGAGAUGGGGUACGAUCAGCAGUUCUUCAGCUCAGAAUUCUUGGAUGUGAUGCAGGAGAUGAUCAGAAAGGAAGUGAGGAACUACAUGUCUGGGGUUGAGCAGACGGGGCUGUGCAUGCACACCGAAGCCAUUAGAAACGCCGUCGUAAAGCGUAUUGGGAUUAGCAAAAUCGAGUAGCGGCAGCAACCGAAUAGAAUGACGUAGUAGUCCUAGUAUUGAGAUCAUCGAGAUGAUCCAGAGUCCGACCCGGAACCAAAAGCUUGGAAUUAGCCCAAAAGCAGCAUGAAUUCUGUUAAUUAAAUUUCCGUCAAUUUCCUUUUUUUAUUUGGGGCCUUUUUAAGUUGUAGUGAAAAUAAUUUUGGUAGUGUA